AUGAUGCAGGCUGAUAUUUGCCCAUCUUCGCAGACCUCGACUUCACCACCCUAUGAUCACAGUGGAGGAUACUCUGCACGACGAGGCCGCGCUUCACAACUAUCUAUCAGCGAUGAUAGCCAACACGUUACGGAAACAAUUGGCUACAUGUAUGGCGAUGAUUACGACAAAAGGGACUCGAAACGAUUAAGUUUCACUCCCUCCUCUAUGAAUGAAUCCCUUUCUGUUACCUCCCCGCGUCGACAGAAUCUACCGCAGCCUUCAGAUUCGAACAAUUACCAGCGACCGCUUCCUCUCAGAACCAGUUCAAUAGACAGGUCCGCCUCCAAUGACUCCGAUCGCCAGUCUGCGGCGGAACCGGGCUCAAGUGAUCGAGAUGGUACAGGCCCAUGCUCACAGGUGCUAACCCGUUCUCCCUCGACCACCACCUCGAAAUCUAUCCCACUAAACGACAUAGACUAUGAGUCUAAUCCUGCUGCUGCCGUGGCGCAGGAACUCAGCAACUUGGCUGCUCUCCGGAGAAUGUCGAUGGACGUAGGGGCUGCUGACCCGGACCUCCCAUUGUUCGGUUCUAAUUUUGGUAUUCCUCCGAUUCCCCCUUCGGGUGAGUCUGACGAUGAUGCGUCGCAGUUAUUUUGGGUCCCCGCGCGCCUGCACCCGGGAUUGGCACCCAAAGAGUUCAAGAGCUUUCUUGAUGGCAAAGCAGAGCAAAUAAAGCGAAGAUCCGGCGAACUUACCAUGACCGAUUCGGAGCUACAAGUACAAGGUUUGACUGGGGGGUUGCGGCGGAAGAAAUCCAUGUUAUCAAGACAAAUAGAUACCUCGGGCUCGGGAGGCCAGAAUGAAGGAAAUCAGCUUGAUUCAGUAUCAGAGGAGGUUUCCGUCGGACAAAGGCGUGCGAAGGAUUCAAUGGUAGACGAUAGACCUAUAUUACCGCCUGCUCCGCCUGGCCAUAGCCUGCGGAGAUCGACCCGGACAACCUACCGUAGAGGGAGCUUAAAAACAGGAGAUCGGAUCCCGUACUCGAGACGUGCACCAAGACAGUCCGACCCUGACGCUGAAGCUGUCGCUCGACGGUCACCCCCGUUAGGCGAAGAAGAACCGCCUAUCCUGGGACUAACUCGAGUUGCGACUGACCCAACGCAUGGAGGCACAUCUGGCUUUUCGCGGCCAACUAACUGGUCGCCAGCCAGCUCGGCUACUAACAAUCUCUCUAUCUCGUCAGGCGAAUCUAACUCAGAUCCUUUAACCUCUGGCAAUAGGACUGCUUCUACCCCGCCGUCACAGACACGGUCAUCAUGGGACCUUAAUGACCGCUCAAAUUUAGAGCCAUCCGCGGCAACGCAGAACGUGCAUCAAAUUAUACAAACUCCGCCAGCAGACGUGAAAGAAUCACCAGCUACUGCUACGGCUUCUACGCCAAACCAUAUUCCCGUACGGAAAUCUUCGCACGACCCGCCUCCAUCACAACCUCCACAAGCACCCCUCCCUCCUGAGCCUAUUGGAAAAAGGAGCUCCAAACGAGCCGGAAUUAUUAGGCCAGCAAAGGAAAGUUCCCAGACGAUUAAUGACAUUGCUUCUCACCCGGCAGCGCUCCCUGGAAACAGCACGCGAACGGAUACGCUUUCCUUCAUCCCAACCCUGACAGACAGCUCCAAUAAGAAGUCGGAUUCGAAGAAAUCGAAAGAUAAAAAGGAUGGGGAAGGUGGCCGGAAAUCGAGCUGGACGUGGCGUCGAGGAUCCGAGGAAAAGGAUAAGGACAAGAAAAAGGAGGACGAGUCCAAAAGGUCUAAGGGAAGAAUGCCCAAAAUAGCUGAGAAGGUACAUGACAACACCCGUCUAGAUCUUUUGCAGGCAUCUAUCGACGGAGCGCAAACAGGCCGGGAGAGCGUCGUAAUCGACCGUGCGGAGGUCAGAUUGGAAGAAGAACGCCGGAAAGACACUGCGAAGCGGGGCGCUGGUAAUGAAUCAAAGAAGGAGAAAGAGCCAAGCCUAUUCUCUUCCAUAUUUGGAGGAAAGAAGAAAGGAAACCUUGAUUAUAGCCAGAAGAAACAUUCGUCAAGGACACUUUCGCCCGAACCGCAACCACGCGAGCUCAAACCGGAUAUCGAUUAUAACUGGACCAGGUUUCCUAUUUCCAAAGAAAGAGAAAUUUACCGCUAUGCUCAUUGGAAACUCGCAGAACCAAAACGUGCGCUACAUUCGCAAGUUCUGCUAAGCAAUUUCAUGUAUUCGUACCUCGCCAAAGUACAACAAAUGCAUCCUACAUUAAGUAUCUCCUCUGCUCCACAGGCUCAGCACCGUAAGAGGGAACACUCACAAUCCGAGGACCAUUCUCAACACCAGCGGCAUCAGAGCCGAGAGCAUGAUAAUUACAAUAAUGGGUCAUAUUAUAACGAAUCCCACUAUGACUAUGAUAGCGAUGACCGAGAUGACCAUCAUUGGUCUCAAUCUGGAGGACGGGGUACCUCCUCUCAAAACGGAUCCGCACAUGGAUCGAACCAGCGGCAGCAAUAUGGAGCCUCGCGGUCCUCGUUCGGCGAUGAGGCACAACUUGACGACGAUGAUGACAUGUGGUGA